GAUGGUGGGGAUGAGUGUUCUCAGGUCUGCCGCUGCCUUUGCAGCCAGACUGAGUCCUCUGAAAUCUGGGAAUAACGCGGCGAAUCUGCUCAGCCGGACAAUCCCGCGGACAGAUAAAGUGGCCGUUCGUUGGGGUCAUGGAAAGAAAUUGUUUGUCAUCAAACCCUCUGACUACUAUGACAGGAGAUUUCUGCACCUAUUGCAAUAUUAUGUCCUGCUAACUGGCGUUCCUGUGGCGGUCUUUGUCACCUGUGUGAAUGUCUUUGUUGGUGAGGCAGAGCUGGUUGAAACUCCUGAGGACUAUGAACCUGAGCACUGGGAGUACUACAAGCACCCCAUCACCAGGUGGAUCGCACGUAACGUCUACGAUUCCCCAGUGAAGGAUUAUGAAAAAAUGAUGGCUGCAAUCCAGAUUGAGAAAGAAAAGGCAGACACAAGACUGACACAGCUGGAGGUGCGUCGACACAUGAGGCAGAAGGGAGACGGGCCCUGGUUUCAGAGACCCACCCUCGACAAGGGGCUUAUUGACUACAGCCCCAAGUCAACACCUGACAAUUAAUCCAGACGUGUCAGUGCACCAUGCCGAUCAAUCUCACUGUUUGUACAUUUUUUCCCUUCCUGCGUAAAUAAAAUCUAUAUGUACUCUA